UCACCAAACCCCUUUUUAAUAUUUUAUUAAAUAAAAAAAAUCAAAAAUGGAAAAAACUCCUUAAACCCUAGUUCCCAUCGCACCCCUAAACCCCUCCAUCCUUAAACAAAAUUUCAUUCAUCCCGAAGCUCAUCACAGACUCCCCAUCUUUUUCGACACCGCCCAACAUUCUUCUUCUUCUUCAUGGGUGGUUCAACCCUAUUCUCAAUCUUGAACAGAUUGAACUCGAUUAAUGCCAAUCAUUCCGUCUCUCGCAACUCCACAAUAAAUGCGCUCUUUAGCAGGUCAUACUACAUUGGCAAGUACUCCAAGAGCAACCUCUAUUCUAGAAUUAGUCCUGUCGGGGACCCUAAUAUCAGUGUUGUUCCUCUGCUUGAUCAGUGGGUCGAUGAGGGCAAGAAGGUUAGAGAUCUUGAGUUGCAGCGCAUCAUUCGCGAUCUCCGCCGCCGCAAGCGCCACAAGCACGCCCUCGAGGUUUCUGAGUGGAUGAGUAACAAGGGACUCUGUCCAUUUUCCUCUGGUGAUCGUGCUGUGCAGUUGGAUUUGAUUGGUAGUGUCCGUGGGUUGAAUGCUGCAGAGAGCUACUUCAAUUACAUGAGUGACCAAGAUAAAUGUGACAAAACAUAUGGUGCUCUUCUAAGUUGUUAUGUCAGGGAAGGCCUCAUUGAUAAAUCUCUCUCUCAUGUGCAAAAGAUGAAAGAGAUGGGUUUUGUUUCCUCAAAUCUCACUUACAAUAACCUCAUGGGUCUCUACACACAUGUUGGCAUGCUUGAGAAAAUUCCUAAUGUGCUAUCAGAGAUGAAGGAGGAUGGAAUCUCUCCCAAUAACUUUAGCUACAGAAUUUGCAUUAACUCGUAUGGGGCAAGAUCUGAUAUUGAAAACAUGGAGAAGCUUCUUGAAGAAAUGGAGAGUGAACCUCACAUCUCCAUGGACUGGAGCACUUACACCAUGGUGGCCAAUUUCUACAUUAAAGCAGGUAUCAAUGAGAAAGCAAUUGCAGCCUUGAAGAAAGCUGAGGAGAAGAUUGAUAAAGAUGCGCUUGGAUACAAUAAUUUGAUUUCGCUCUAUGCGAGUCUUGGGAAUAAGUCAGAGGUAAUGCGAAUAUGGGGUCUUAAAAAAGCUGCUUUGAAGAAACAAAUAAACAGGGACUAUAUGACUAUUACGGGUUCAUUGGUGAAGCUUGGUGAGCUUGAAGAAGCUGAGGAAUUGCUUAAGGAGUGGGAGUCAUCUUGCCACUUAUAUGAUUUCCGGAUGCCGAAUAUACUCCUUAUUGGGUAUUCUCAGAAGGGACUAGUUGAAAAGGCUGAAGCAAAGCUUAGAGAAAUAGUUGAUAAAGGGAAAACUCCAAUUCCCAACAGUUGGGGAAUCUUGGCUGCAGGGUAUGUUGCUAAGCAGAAGAUGGAGAAGGCUGUAGAGUGCAUGAAGGAAGCUCUGGCAUUACGAGCAGAAAACAUGUUGUGGAGGCCGAAACCUGGUGUGAUUUCAAGCAUAUUGAGUUGGCUUGGAGAUAAUGGACAAGUUGAGGAAGUAGAAGCUUUUGUGAGCUCAUUGAAGGAAGUGGUCCCAAUGGACAGGGAAAUGUACUAUGCUUUGAUCAAGGCAAAUCUGAGAGGUGGGAAAGAAGUGGAUGGAAUUUUAGAGAACAUGAAGACUGACAAAAUUGAUGAAGAUGAAGAAUUGGAGAAGAUCCUUAGCUCAAGACAGGAGAAAGCUGGGUGACCCUCUUGCAGCUCGUGGCUGAGUUUCCUUGCUUCGGCUUAGUAAGCCCUAAUUUAUCACCCCCAGUCUCAGAGCCUGUUACCAGUGCAUUUCAAUUGAAUGAAGCAAUCAAGAUGUGCCAUAUCUGAUUAAUGAAGGUUGCUUGCAAGCCUUUGAAAUGCUGCUUAUUAUUAUUAUUAUUGUUGUUUUCAGUACUCACAAAUUCAGCAUAUCUCAAAACUAUUUGCACACAAUGGGAUGUACUGUUUGUAGGUAUCAGGUCUACAAGGUCCGCUGAGGUUUCGGAUGUACAGGUAAUUGAUGCAGGCCUUAAAUUGCCCUGUUGGGUGGCGGCUUUGUUUACUUCAACCCUGAAGCUGGGGGUGAUGCCUGGUUUACUUAGGUGAAAAAUUGUACGGUUUGAAUUUUGAAGUUCCAUGGUUGAUCAUGUAGCUCAAGCCACUAGAUUGAAUUUCACUGGUGGUGAA